UUCAAAUAGGUCUCAAAACGUGGGAUUAUUUGUUGAUACACUUAUCUGGUUCAUUUUAGAACUCAAUCAGUGGUGAGAGAUAUUGAUGACGAAUCCCACGAUGGCUGUAAACCCUCUAUUGACAGCUUCUGGGCAGCAGAGGAUCCCACUGGUUCCCUCACCAUUUGGACCUCCAAUUGUGGACAGAGAUAUAUUGCCUUCCACUAUAGCACCAACUGACCUGAGACAGUUUUGUGUUCCUUCCCAAUUUGGAUCCUCUGUUCUACCAAACACAAAUAUGCCAAGUAUGUUGUCUAAUCAUCUCUACUCAGGUUGGGGCAUUUUACCAUCUGAAUCUGUAAAGGCAGUGACCAGAAGGAAUGAAAUGACCCAAAGGCGUCAUACUGCCAGGACAGAAAUGGAAAUGUAUGCUAUUUACCAGCAAAGGAGAAUGGAAAAAGUUAGUCCUAAGGGGCUAGCAGGCCUAGGUGUACCAUUGCUGUAUGGUUCUGGUCUCCCAGCUGGCCUGGCUGCCUAUCACAGCCGGAGUGUGCACCCUGCCAGCGACCUGCAUUUUCACAGAAGCACCUUCAGAAACCUUCAGGAAAACCCCAUGCUGGUGGCAACCGGCCCACACUUUAUAGACAGCUGGGGACAGAAAUGCCGUCGACUCAGAAGAGGCACGGAGAAUCAGAAAGUUCUAGACAGUGAUACUCAGAGUUCCACAACUCAAGCAGAGGAAAAAAUCCUAGGCCAGAUUCCUGCAAGUCCCUAUGAAGAGACUGAGUAUGCAAAAGACCUGGAAACUGCAGCGCAUGACAAUCAGAAGUCAAAUGAAAUCCAUGAAAAGCCGCUGAGUGCUCUUUCCAGUACCUGUGGAGAGCUUGAGCCCACUCACAGGAAUCCCUGGGGAUCCCAGGCGGCUCCCCUGGAAGCAAAGGCCUGGGAUGGUGGGAAAGAGAAGACUUCAGAGCAGAUCUUUGCAGUCUGUGGGGAAAGGAAUGGGGCUUGUCCUGCAGUUCCUCCAGCGGCUCUGCCAGGAACCCAGGCACUUGUUACAAUCAGAGAACAUCUGUGUUUGGAUGCAGAUAUUCAGAAAUGGACAGUGGACGAUGUGCACAACUUCAUCAGCAACCUUCCCGGUUGUUCACACUAUGCUCAGGUAUUUAAAGACCAUGCGAUUGAUGGGGAGACUUUGCCACUACUCACAGAGGAGCAUCUUCGAGGCACCAUGGGACUAAAGCUAGGACCAGCAUUAAAAAUUCAAUCGCAGGUAUCUCAGCAUAUGGGAAGUCUGUUCUACAAGAAAAGCCUUUCACUUCCUACCCAUGCAAGACAAGCACUCGAUCACCCAGCAGAUCCAUCUCCUCUUUUGGAUUUUAAUUCCUGGAGUGAAAGGUUGAACAUUCCUUGUCCCCAAGAGAUAUCAGUUCCUAAGGGAAUGGAGCAAGAUAACAUGAGAAAUUAAAAACCACCAAGGAACAGAAGUAGUCUAGGCUAUUACAGAGGUGUGUGAGGAUUUCCCAGAGCCAGACAGAGGACGAGAGAGCAGGAGGCUGGCCCUUCUGGAGCUGUCUUAGAGGAGACUUUACAAGAAAGCCCAGCACCAAGGGACCAUGGAGCACCAAGGGACCAUGGGCCUGUCUUUGGAAGCAAUUGGCAGUGAAAGAAAGAAUUUACAAACAGCAAGGAAGCUACAGUUGGGAAAACGAAAGAGCCGAAGCUGAAGUAACAGCUCCUUCCUGACCUUUCUUUGCUCAUUUCCCACCCACAACCUCUGAAGAGACAAAGGCUGGGAGCAGAAGGAGGCAGAAGAGGAAAAGGGAGUAGAAUGAAGCCCAGGACCGGAGAAGCUGACCCCGAGUCCGACACCUUUUCCCAUCUCAGACUGCCAGCCUAACGCAGGCCCAGCUGUGACGUUCCCAGUGUGGCUGACUUCGGGACUGAGUAUUUUCUUUCUGAAAUGAAACUGUGUUGGACCUGGCGGCAUCCUUGUUAUCUGACAGGAAGAUGAGAAGUUAUGGCGCCCACCUGGGACUCCACCCCAGGGGCAGGGAGGAGUUAUCUCUGCCAAGCAGGCUUCAGCUGGCCAAGGAGAGGAAGCGAGGAGAGCAGCUUCCUGUUUGUGCCCACAGAGUCCCAUGUUGCACCACAGUGUCUGGCAAGUGUCUCUAGAAAGAUAACAAGAAAAGGUUGACAACUUGUUGAAGCAGGGGCCUAGCUGACAGGACUAUGGGGAAGACGUCUUACCCUGUACCCACCUUGAGCAUUUUGAAUUGUUAACCAUGAGGAUGUAUUUUCUAUUCUUUAAAUUUUGCUUUUGAAAUGAACAAGCUGUAGUAGUAAGAUGGCCCUGCUGCCCUAAGGAUCCCUGUCCCGGACACUCAGGCUCUCGUGUGAUCCUGAUCCCUCCCUGUGAGGGGGCUGCCAGGUGGCAGUUCUUUCCCAUGAAGACAUUGCGGGGAUGCCAGGGGAUGUGAGUGCCAGGGCUCAGUAUGUGCUGGUAUCACUUGCCCUUGGGAAAGCCACUUCCGUGUCCCCAGGCAGCCCUGGGGAAAGCCCCGCGUGAUCAGACUGGACAGGGGACCUUGCAAAAGCUGUUGACAGUCAGGUAAGGAAAUCACAAGGUGCCAUGGGUGUCCACAGCCUGAUGGCAGCUCAGAGACACCCUGAGCCCAAGCCCCAAGCUCAGCUGCCCCUGGGUCCCUGACCCACAGACACUGUGAGGUGAUAAAUGUGUGUUGCUCUCAGCCACCAAGUUUUGGAGUAACUUGAUUCAGAACAAUGAAACAUGAAAACAAACCAAGGAUAUUUAGUAAACACAAGUAGCACACUAUCCGCAUUCACUCUCUGAGUUGGAAGGGGAACUUUGGAAGUCAUUGCCCCUCAAGCCAGGCCACUUCCUUGAGCUUCACUUGCUUUCCUUGUUAACGUGAAGUCAGCAGGUUUUCUUCUGACAUAAAACUGUGUUAUACCACCAAAUGCACAUGUGAAUUGUUGAUUUACCCUCUUAUUUCCUUUUAUGAGAGACAGGGAAAUGGGGAA